AUGCAUAAAGCCAUUGAUUCUACCGCUUUGCUAAGUUCCGACGACCCCAGGCCUUAUGCAAACAUCCAAAUAGGCAAUACAAACGUUCUUGGCCUUUUAGACUCAGGAGCGUCCAUAAGCUGUCUGGGGCAAGGCGCUUUGGAAUUCCUUCGGGAAAAUGGAAUUCCCUACAAAGAGUUCACGUCGGAGGUAAACACAGCAGGUGGUCAGAAGCAGGCAAUUAUAGGCUCUGCUUUAGUAAAUGUCAUUUAUAAGGGAUUAGAAAAAGAAAUGCGUUUAUUCGUGGUCCCAACUUUGGAACAGAAACUCUACCUUGGGGUGGAUUUUUGGAAGCUUUUCAAUCUCGCUCCACAAAUCAUUUCGGAAUUAAAUCAGAUCCCAAAGACCCAACCAACUGACCCGAAUUUUCAUGAAUUGUCACCAGAUCAGUUAGUAGCAUUAGAGGAAGCGAAAGCAUUGUUUCCAUCUUAUGCGGUACAUGGCCUAGGACGGACUGGACUUGAGGAGCAUCAUAUUGACACCGGUGAUGCUGCACCAAUUAAACAACGGCAUUAUCCCGUUUCUCCGGCGGUUCAAAAACUUCUCUAUGAGGAGGUGGAUCGCAUGUUUCAACUUGGCGUGAUUGAGGAAAGCGACAGUGCUUGGAGCUCUCCUGUUGUUCUAGUGAAGAAGUCAAACGGCAAACAUAGACUCUGCCUAGACUUCAGGAAAGUCAAUUCCGUCACGAAGAAAUUUGCGGGUCCGGUUCCGAAUAUUGAAGGUUUGCUAAGUCGUCUUUCAAAUUCACGUUUCUUUUCGAGCGUGGAUUUGAAAGACGCCUUCUGGCAGAUACCGUUGGAGAAAAGUUCAAGGGAGAAGACAGCAUUUAGUGUUCCGGGGUUGCCUUUGCUUCAGUUCAAAGUCAUGCCUUUUGGCUUAUGCAACGCAGCACAGCGUAUGUGUAAGUUGAUCGACAAGGUUGUACCGCAUCAGUAUAGGGAAAAUGUUUUCCCGUACGUUGAUGAUCUACUAAUUGUGACUUCCACAUUUGAUGAGCAUAUUCGGAUGCUAAAGAUAAUUGCGGGCCGUUUAACAGAGGCUGGACUUACUAUUAACGUAGAGAAGUCCAAGUUCUGUUUUAAGGAACUCAAUUAUCUUGGCUAUGUUGUUGGGGAGGGUUGCCUGAAAACAAAUUCAGAAAAGGUUUCUUCUAUUAUGGAGUUCCCGGUUCCAAAAACAAAACGUCAGGUUAGAAGGUUUCUUGGAUUGUCGGGUUGGUAUAGGAGAUUUGUAAAGGAUUAUUCAGGGAUUGCUGCUCCUAUUACCAACACGUUGAAGGGUUCGAAAUUCGAGUUUGGUCCUGAAGCAAUCAGUGCCUUCAAUCAACUCAAAGAGGGUUCUGAGCACGUUGUUCCGGACGCGUUAUCGCGAGUAUACGCUGUUGAUGCCCUUUGCGAUGUUUCAUUAUCAGAAGAUCUCCACCAGGUUGUCCUUCACAUUGACCUUGAUGACUUGAGUUUCAGGUCAGAGGAAUAUGUGAAGUUGAUUGAGACAGUCAGAGAAAAUGAAAACCAGCUUCCUGAUCUUCAAGUAUCUGAUGGGUUUGUGUACAAAAAAGUCAAACACUGUACAGGCAACCCAGUCGAAGAUGACAUGGUGUGGAAGCUAUGGGUUCCAUCGGAAUUAACCAAUUCUUUAAUCCUUCUUGCUCAUGAACCACCUAAAGCCGCGCAUGGUGGUGUUGCUAAAACUUUGUACCGUCUUCGUGAUAGAUUUUACUGGCCUAGUAUGGCGGCAGAAGUAAAAUCAUUUAUUGCAAGCUGUGACGUGUGCAAAGUUUCGAAGGCCCCUAACACAAUUUUAAGGCCGAAAAUGGGCAAAGCAUUUAUAGUUGAGAGGCCGUACCAGCAUAUCUUCAUUGACUUCCUGGGACCGUACCCAAGGUCAACAAAAGGAAAUACUUACAUCAUCGUCUGCUUGGACCAACUUACCAAGUUCGUUCAUGUUCAUCCUUUACGACAGGCGAACAGUGAAAAUGCCAUAAGGUUUUUGGAGGAACAAGUUUUCUCGGUAUUUGGAGUGCCAGAGUCUUUGCUAUCGGAUAAUGGUAAACAGUUUGUAAGCAAAGAGUUCUCCAAGUUUUUGCUCUCAUAUGGAGUAAAGCAUGUAAGGACUGCAGUGUAUUCGCCGCAGGCAAAUGCUAGUGAGAGAGUGAAUCGUUCAAUCCUCAGUGCAAUACGAUCUUAUUUAGAUAAAGAUCAAAGGCACUGGGAUAAACAUCUUCCCUCGAUUGCUAGUGCUCUCCGAACGACGGUGCACUCAGCCAUAGACAUGUCUCCAUAUGAGGCAUUAUUUGGACAAUGCAAAAUAGAACAUGGAUCCGAUUACAAACUACUGAGAUCACUGAAGUCCGUCAAUAAUCCGGAGUUUUCGCUGUUGCCUUUGCCGUCAAGGAUGAAUAUGAUCCAUAGCCACCUAAAGAACUCACUAGAACAAGCACAUAGAGUAUACGAACGCACUUACAACACGCGUAGUAAGGAUGUGCAGUUCAAAGUGGGGGACGUUGUCUUCAAGCGAAACUUCGUUCAAAGCGAUGCAUUUAAGAAGGUAAAUGCUAAGCUUUGUCCAAAAUUUCUUAAAGCAAGGGUUAAGUCAGUGCGUGGUAAUAGUUUAUAUGAAUUGGAGGAUUUAGCUGGCAAUGUUUUAGGUGUAUUCCACUGCAAGGAUAUUCGGGUUUAG